AUGCGGGCCAUAUCCGCGACCCAGGCGAUCAUCGAGUUCGACCUGCAGGGCAACAUCCAGACCGCCAACGACAACUUCUGCGCCGCCACCGGCUACACCCUCGCGCAGAUCCGCGGCCGCCACCACUCGAUCUUCGUCCACCCCGAUUACCGCGCCUCCGAGGCCUACCAGCAAUUCUGGAUCGACCUCGCGAACGGCGAGGCCCAGGCCGGGCAGUUCCGACGCAUCCGGCGCGACGGCUCGGACCUCUGGAUCCAGGCGACGUACAGCCCGAUCUUCGAUCAGGACGGGCGGCCGUACAAGGUCGUCAAGCUCGCGACCGACAUCACCGACGUGAAGCGCCGCCAGCAGGAAUUCAAGGAAACGACCCAGACGAACGCGCGCGAAUCGCUCGAGACGUCCACCGCCGCGGCGCAGCAGGCGGAGCAGGAAGUCCAGGCCCUGCAGAGCGCGAUGGCGGAAAUCCGCGCCUCGAGCGACAACAUCUCGCGCAUCCUCACCGUCAUCAACGACAUCGCGCGCCAGACGAACAUGCUCUCGCUCAACGCGGCCGUCGAAGCGGCGCGCGCCGGCGACGCGGGUCGCGGCUUCGCCGUCGUCGCGGAGGAAGUUCGCCAGCUCGCCAAGCGCAGCGCCGACAACGCCCAGAGCACCGAGCAGAUCCUCGAAGAGUCCUCGCAGUCCAUCGAGACGGGCGUCCAGCUCACGGACCGCGUCGUCGAAGCGCUCCGCAAGAUCGACGAGGGCUCACAGAAGGUGCGCGUCGCCUGCUUAGGCGGCGCCUUUUUCGUCGGACUUCACGAUAUGAAGAGACUCGAUCAUGGCCAGAUCCAGCACAAUCGGGACCACCCGCUCAUCGAAGAGCGUGAUGUGACGCCCUUCCGGGUGCGUCCCGAUCAUCUCGGGAUGGGGCACGACGUAUUCACGCCCGCCCACCGUCUUCAAAAUGAACGGCGAAAAUGGCUGACGCCUGCGUGCCUCGAUGAUCGGUUCGAUCUUCACAAACCUAUCAUACCCCUAUCAAAUGCCUGUUCAAGCAGUUUCCUGGGAUUCCGCUCCAACUUGGAAUCACCAUCACGUAUCCGCCCCAUAGAAGGCGAUUUCGGAGAUGUCCCGCAUCGGGAUCUGCGUGAUUUUUCCCUUCGGGUCCGCGUGGAGCACCUCAUCCCGUCCCGGGAAUAUCGCGUACUCCGCGCUGCAUCGCACGUGAUACGCGACCCCCCUGCCCUUUCACCCAUCACCGUCUCACCGUCUCACCCCACACCCGCGCCCAUGCACGUCCCCAAACCCGCCAUCUUCUUCGACCGCGACGACACGCUCAUCGAGUGCAACAGUGUCACGCCCGAUGGCGACCUGGGCAACCCCAAGCUCGUCAAGCUCAAGCCCGGUGCCGCGGACGCCGUCGAGCAGCUGAGCCUCGCGGGGUACCGCAUCGUCGUGUUCACGAACCAGGGCGGCGUCGCGCGGGGGAGCCACAGGGUUGUGGACGUCUACGCCGUGAACGACCGCGUCAACGAACUCCUCGGCGGGCGGGUCGACGCGUUCCGCUUCUGCCCGUGGCACCCCAAGGGCACCGUCGAAUGCUGGGCGCGCGAGCACCCGUGGCGUAAGCCCGCGCCGGGGAUGAUCCUGGACGCCGCGCGGUCGCUCCGCGUCGACCUCUCCCGCUCGUGGGUGAUCGGCGACGCGGAGCGCGACUGCCACGCCGGGCGCGAGGCGGGGUGCUCGACGAUCCUCAUCGGCGACGACCUCGCGAUGGACGCGGACUACAAGGCGAAGGACCUCAAGGGCGCCACCACGAUCAUCCUCGGGAAAGACCAGCGCGGAACGCCCCUGAAGCACGCGGGGGUGCGGGAGAUGGUCGUCUCCUCCGCCCACGCGAUCGCGGAGCGCAACGGCCUCGCCCUCGCCUCCGUCGACGCGGAGGACGACCGCGUCACCCUCACCCUCCACGAGGGCCAGGUCGCCGCGCUCGGGCUCGCGAGCGAGCUCCGCCGCGUCACCGACGCGUGGUACCGGAAGAAGUACGGCGGAACCUCGCUCUGGGGGAUGGUCGCGACACCCGUGACCCGCAGACCCGCACAACCCGGCGGCGCCGGCCCGCGCCCGACGCGACGCAAGCCCUCGCGCCUCCUCGUCGUCCUCCCCUCGUGGGUCGGCGACGCGGUCAUGGCCACGCCCACCCUCCGCGUCCUCCGCGAGUACCUCCCCGGCUCGUUCAUCGGCGCCCUCGCCCGACCCGGCAUCGACGAGCUGCUCACCGGCACGAGCUACUUCGACGAGCUCCACGUCGACCGCGCCGUGGGCGUGAUGGGCCCGAAGCGCGUCGCGAGCAAGGUCCGGCCCCGACGCUACGAGACCGCCCUGCUCCUCACCAACUCCUUCUCCACCGCCCUCAUCACGCGCCUCUCCGGCAUCGAGGACCGCAUCGGCUACGACCGCGACGGGCGCGGGCUCCUGCUCACCGACCGCGUCCCGGCGAUGCGCCGGCGCGACGUCCCGCCCUACAGCAGGUCCGAAACCGACCCCAGCGCCUGGGCCCCCGUCCCCGCGUGCGACUACUACUACGCCCUGGCCGAGCGGCUCCUCGCGAGCUGCGGGCUCACGCCCGGGCCCAUGGGCCCCAUGGAACUCGUCGUCACGGAAUCCGACGAGCUGACCGCCCGGUCCGUCCUCGCCAAGGCCGGCGUGCCCGCGGGAGCCCGGCGCGUCGUCCUCAACCCCGGCGGCAACGACACCGCCAAGCGCUGGCCCGCCGAACGCUACGCCGCCCUCGCGGACUACCUCGCCAAGCACCACGCCGUCCGCGUGCUCGUCAACGGCGCGCCGAACGAGAGCGGGCUCGUGCGCGAGAUCAUCGACGCGUGCGACGAAUCCGCCAGCGUCCACGACCUCGCCAGCGCCGGCGUCACCCUCGGCGCCCUCAAAGCCAUCGUCCGCGACGCCGCCCUCAUGGUCACCAACGACACCGGCCC